AUGGGGCUGAUCACUCUACGUACCGCAGCACUGAGCGUGCUGGGCCUUUCUGUUCUUGUGUUUAUUGCGCUUUUUGGUCGACUGCCAGUGUUUAGGAAAACUCCGAUCGGCUUCUUACAUCGACUCCUUUGGAUCUACAUUCCGCAUGGUCUUGCUCGUCUAGAUCUGCUUCUAUUAGGCGGUCGAUUAGUACCAGGCUGCCAAAGAUUUGGCCGGUAUAUAGCUUAUGACAACCAUCCGUUGGUCUUGAUAUUCUUCGUAGGACUACUAGCAAUAUCAGAAUUGGCGUUUGUGCCGAGAGCAUGGCCAAGAUUAGGAACAGCUCAUCGAUUAUUUGUUUCGAUAGCAGUUACUCUGCCAUACGCUUUCCUAUAUGCAUGUGUCACAAUCAAAUGUUUCAUUACACCUGAAAACGUGAAGGACGAGUUGGCCCAUUAUCCGUACGAUAGAGUACUCUUUCACCCGGGAAGAGAAUGCUCAACGUGCCAUCUUUUGAAGCCAGCACGUAGCAAGCACUGCAGUACUUGCAAUGCUUGCGUUUCUCGACAUGACCACCACUGCAUCUGGUUGACCAAUUGCGUGGGUCGCCAGAAUUACCGUUACUUUCUGGCGUUGCUUUUAUCACUCUCGAUAAUGCUCACCUAUGGCAUGUAUCUAGGACAUAUGUUGCUUGAAGAGAACUUGCAAAAGGCGUUCGGAACUGGAGGGGCUCCCUGGGGCAAGUCGAUGUCUUGGAUGACAUGGCUCAACUUCUGGGCUUUGGCGGUGGCUGAUGAUAUUCGAAUCGGCAUGGUAUUUCUGUUGGCGGCUAUGACGGCUCCAUUAGCAUUCGGUUUUUUGGUUUAUCACAUUUAUCUAGUAUGGGCAGGUACUACAACAAACGAGACCGCUAAAUGGGAUGAUUGGAAAGAAGAUAUUGCUUAUGGACUUGUUUACAAGGCCAAGAGAAGCCAAGUUUACAAGACACCGAGGCAGCGGGAUGAGUCGAUUGAGCCGGAAACACGAUGGCCUGCGACCACUGACCAAGUACUCAUUAUAACGAACGAACCUCCGAGGCUAGGCUUUUCGGUUUCUUUGCAAUCAAACUCGAUUCUGCAGGCAGAGGACGAGCACGCCCCUGUUGACCCGAGGUUUGAUCCCGUCGCGAAGCUUCAGUCUCUUGAAAAUUUAUAUGACUUAGGCUUCUGGGGUAAUUUACGCGAUGCAUUGAAUUUGGCCGCGUAG